ACUCACGUCUUGUGUUUCAUGUGAUUAAUAGUGAGAUGCUUUGUGCAUAUGGUGGCUAUGGCGUGACACGGGAACAACUUCAAUGCUUAGUAGGGGAGAGCUUCAUUGAUAUUCCGGAAAUAUGUGGUUCAAUGAGCAAGUCUACCUCAAAAUCAACACUCAAGAAAAGAUUAGGUAGCUAUUGUGUUAAUCUUGAAUGUUGCAACCAGUUUUAUAUCCCCUUAUUCCAAUUUAAUGAAUGGGUCAUCAUGGUAAUCAAUUUGGAGGCUAAAAGGGUGGAUCUACUUUCAUCAUAUAAUAGCAUUCAACGUGUUCACUUUGUUAAUGAAGCUUUCAAAGUAGUUGGAUUUAUGUCGCAGUUAUUAAAAAAUUCCUUCAAACGGAAUGAUGUGAAUAUAAAUAAUUUACAUCCACAGUAUGCAGAUAUCGUUGGCGAUCCAAAAUUAUGUCAUACUGGGAUGUAUGCUAUUCUCUAUAUGCAACAUUGGGAUGGAAGUGGUCUUAAUAGAACCAUUAAUUCUGAGGUGACUGAUAAGCUGAUUGAGGAGGAUGAAUUUGAUGCAGAUCAAAAGGAUGCAUUUAAGAAUUUUGUCAAAGACAAUGUCCGAGAGGCAAAAAAAGCCAAUAGACAGGCUAGAGAAGCUCGAAAAAAGGCCUUGUAGAAAUGAGUUAGUAGACUAAAGUAGCAUUUGAAAACAUGAAGUUUAACAAGUUCUACUCAGUCCAGACCGAUGAUACUCCUGACAUAUCAAAUGUUAAGGUACAAUUUAUUUUUUCUUUUGCAAAAACUAAUAUUAUUAACACCGCCUAAUUAAAAGAAGGUGCACAAAUGUACACAAGAAGUUUAGAAAUUAGACAUAAAGGCAAUUAGAUUGGGAGAUUAACAAAAGCACCUCUCUAUAAUCAUCAAGAGCCCAACCAAUCAACACAAUCUAAUAUGGACAGUCAUGUUAAAAGCCAGAGAGAGCAUAAGAAAGAAUUUGUUAGAGUUUGUUCCGAUUAUUCUUCAUUGACAAAAACUCUAAAAUGUUAAGGUACAAUUUUGAACAUCUCUUCUAUUGAAAGAACAGAAUAUCUUCGACACUACUAUUUUUGUUUCUCCAUAUGAGACUAUUGAUAGCCUAUGAAUCUUGUGCAUUUUGAAGCUGGCCUUGAUGCGAUAUUCAAGAUCAUGGUGUAUUGCUAUAAGUCGUUCCCUACAUAAAUAGUCAAAAAAUAAUCUCUUGAUGGAAUAUAUGUUUAAUUUAUUUAUCUGUUCCAUGCUAACAUAACAUGUCUGCUAUUUUUAAUAUCAACUAACUGAUCGCCCAAAAGCUUUGUCAUUAUGUGGCCAUUUUUUUUUCCUUGGUAUCCAAAUGGAUCAAUAUGACACUAUUUCUAAAUGGUUUGACUUUUACUUAGCUAAUUAAGUUGAGUUUUUUCUGUUGAGUCACCUUGUUUUCACUUGGCCAUGGUUUAUUGAGGGUAUGUUUUGCCAUCCAUUCUGUGAAUAAGUACAAAAAAUAGUUGAUUGGUUGUAGCAUAUCAAUGAAUUUGGCCUCUUCUAUUAGAGCAGACACUUGUUAAUGAAUGCUAAUUGCAUUAUCUUAUU